AUGCCGGUUUACUGUUUCUAUUAUUGUGUUAUUUAUUUAGACAUAUGGGUAAAUGAAUUAAAAUGGCUUCCAAACAAUCAGGUCUUAAUCUCCUUACACGGUCCACCUACCGAUAAAUGUAUACAACAGGGGAUAGAGAUUGUUUCAGAUUUUAAGUUUUAUAUCCUAAACAAAGUUCCCUACAUUCUUUGGAAUGAACGAAGAUGGAUAAACGGGUACACUGAAAAUAAUAUUUCAGGAGGGAGAGAUGGUAAAGACUGUAGUAAGUUGUAUGAAGGAGCUGUCGAUCACGAGUUGACCAGUACUUAUGAUCCCAAUGAGUUUGCUUCACCGGGACAAAAGGUCGCGUUGGAGAUGUGGCUGUAUGGUAAUUGUCGUUAUAAAGGUGAUACGCAUUGUGAUGCUUGCAAAAUAUAUAAAUAUUAUGACUAUAACCCACCGAAAUAAAAUGGAUUCUUUUAUCUUUUCAUUAACAACUAACGCAGCCGGGUCCCCAUGUGCAAAAAACAAAUUCUCAAAAAUACAUUAUUUAAUAAUUAAGUAUAAUCAUAUUAAAUGAAAUUCAUUUCGCUUUUACUUUUUCUUCAAAUUCAAAUGUUUUCAAAUUAUCAACAGAAAAAAUUAAAUUUGAUAUUAUCACUUGGCGUAAACCUUCCUCAAAAGAAUGGUUUUCAGAUAAAUAUAUCCGCCAUUAUUUAUUACCAGGAUAAACAAUGAAUGCGCCUUCCUGUUAUUAUAAAUAAACUUCAUUUUUAAAAUCAAAAAAAAAAA